CCUGCGCGUAGCUGCAAUCAAGCAAAGGCAUUCACAAAUCACAAGCUUCACGGCGCAAGCAAAUAGGUUUCUCGUCUCGUUACUCGUCAGUUGUGAAUUGUGAAGCACUUCUAUUUGGCGCAGAUCAGAGCCAUGUUGUCCUCCAUUGGCCCCUCAUCUCACGAGCCUCCUACCAUGGCAAUGAGAGACAGAGCCAGGCAGCCCUCACUUGCCACCGCGGCUCCCUACGUGGUGGAGGACUGCCUCGGCUUGCUGCAGGUGCUCAGCGACGGCACCGUCCUCCGCUUCUCGCCGCCGCCUUUCCCGGCCGGCGACGCCUGCGACGACGGCCGAGUGGAGUGGCAGGACGCCGUGUACGACGCCGACAACAACCUCGGCGUCCGAAUGUACCGGCCUCGCCGCCGCCUCUGCGUAUCAGCUGAUAAGGCGGCUGCCGAGCACAAGAAGAAGAAGCUGCCCGUGGUCGUGUACUUCGCCGGCGGCGGCUUCUGCUUCGGCUCCUACUCCUACCCCAAGAACCACGCCCUGUGCCUCCGCUUGGCCACCGAGCUCCCCGCCGUGGUGUGCUCCAUCAACCACCGUCUCGCGCCGGAGCACCGCCUCCCGGCCGCCUUCGAGGACGCCAUGGCCGCGCUCCUCUGGCUCCCCGACCAGAUCUUCCACAACCCGUGGCUCGCCGGCAGGGCGGACCCACGCCGGGUGUUCGUCUCCGGCACGUCCUCGGGCGCCUGCGUCGCGCACCAAAUGGCCGUCCGGUUGGGCACCGCGGGGCUUCAUCCCUUGAAGAUCACCGGAUACAUCCUCCUGAUGCCCUACUUCCUGUCGGAGGAACCGACCAUGUCGGAGCUGAGCACGCCGGAGACGGCGUUGCUGAGCCGGGAGAGGAGCGACAGGUACGUCCGCCUGGCGAUGCCGGCGGGGUGGAACAAGGAUCACCCGCUGCUGAAUCCGUUCGGGCCGUACAGUCCUAGCCUGGCGUCGGCCGACGUGGGGCGCGUGCUCGUCGUCGCGGCGGAAUGCGACCUGGUCAGGGACAAGAACCUCGAGUACGCUGAGAGGAUGAAGGCGCUGGGGAAGGACGUGCGUCUGGCAUUGUUCCCAGGUCAAGGGCAUGCCUUCUGCGCUAUCAAACCACUGUCACCGGCCACGGAUGAGGUCAUACGUCUCAUCAAACGCUUCAUUUUUUAGAUGAAUUCAUCACAGUGCAAAGCGAGGGUUGGUCUGCAUUGUCCCUCCUAGCUUGUUGGAAGAUCAUUUGUUCAUGAGUGCAGUGAUGAGCUCUGCAUCCUAAACACUUCACAGAUUUAUGCGUGUCAAUAUAUACUCUAUUCUUUCGUC